UUUUCGAGCAUGAUUCCAAGCAAGUUGUACGCGUAUAAUUACAUGAGCUUGCUGAGCAAUUUAUUAAGAAAAAAGUCUCAUAAUUCGGUUCGUAGUUUGCAUUUUUCGUUUGUACCAGACAAAAAAUCCUACGAUGGUGAGACCAAGAAGAUUAAUAUGUACCAGGCGAUUAAUGACGCGCUGGGCAUUGCGCUUGAAAAAAACUCCAAUUCAGUAAUUUUUGGCGAAGACGUCGCAUUCGGUGGCGUGUUCCGUUGCACAGUUGGCUUAAAAGAUCGGUUUGGCAAUAGCCGAGUGUUCAACACUCCGUUAUCUGAGCAAGGAAUCGUUGGAUUUGGAAUUGGACUCGCUAAUCAAGGUGUUACUGCGAUCGCCGAAAUUCAAUUUGCUGAUUACAUUUAUCCAGCAUUUGACCAACUGGUAAACGAGGCAGCUAAAAUCCGAUACCGAAGCGGCAAUCUCUUCGAUUGUGGGAAGCUAACAGUACGAGCACCUUGUGGAGCUGUUGGACAUGGAGCUCUCUAUCAUUCGCAGAGUCCAGAAGCUUAUUUUGCCCAUACACCUGGUCUUAAGAUCGUAGUUCCUCGAGGACCAAUUCAAGCAAAAGGUUUGCUACUGAGCUGCAUCGAUGAUCCAGAUCCUUGUUUGAUAUUCGAACCAAAGGCUCUCUACCGCAUUGCCGUGGAUGAUGUUCCUGUAAACAGCUUCAAAGUGCCCAUUGGAAAAGCUGAAAUCGUAAGAGAAGGUGAUUCAAUAACGCUGGUUGGAUGGGGUAGUCAAGUGCAUGUUCUACUCGAGACUGCUGAUAUUGUCCAAGAGAAACUCGGCGCUUCUUGUGAAGUCAUUGAUCUCAUGUCUAUUCUUCCGUGGGAUAUCGAGACUGUUUCCACGUCUGCGAAAAAAACUGGACGAGUUGUUAUUGCCCAUGAGGCGCCACUCACUAACGGAUUUGGGAGUGAAAUAGCUGCGACCAUCCAGGAAGCUUGUUUUUUACAUCUCGAAGCUCCCGUUCAAAGAGUAACGGGUUGGGAUACUCCCUUUCCUCUUAUAUUCGAACCGUUUUAUCUUCCUGAUAAAUGGCGUUGUUUUGACGUGAUAAAGAAGACUUUGAAUUUCUAA